UUGUCGCUGCGUGACGAGUACCACCGAAAUCGACAUUAAUGUUUAAAAUUGAAAUUUAAUUGGUGUGCUGCUGUAUUCAAAAUAUCUAUUUUAAGAUUCGCACAUAAAUAAACAUUAGAAAUGUAUUUAAUUUCGACGGGAAAAACUACCGUGCUCUCGGAUUUUAGUAAUUUGGAUACAAAGUCGAUUUAUCAGCAUGCAAAUGGGGAAACAACUGAUUUUCAAUUCUACGCCCGCCAGCGUAUUUUCCUAGAGGUGAACAAAAAGUCGGGACUAGAAAUUAUGCGAAUUAAGGAUAAAGGCAACCAGAAUUUAGAUAUACAACGAGUGCGCAAGUUAAAUAUAGGAAAUGUCUACAGUGUCGCCUGUGCAAAGCAAUCGCUGGAAGAAAUGGCUUUUGGCGGGGUUAAUGGUCAAGUUAGCAUAUACAACUAUAAAAACACUGAACUGAUACACCGUUUCAAAGCUGAGAAUAAUCGUAAUAGCGUUUUGUAUUUGGAUUACAACGGUACGGAUGAGUAUAUAUCUUCUGUAUUUGAAAGUGGUCAAAUCAACAUCUACGGCACCAAAACAAAGACAAAAGUUGAUAGCGUAAAUAUAGACGGCAAUUCAACGCUGGCACGUUUUCAUCCUACCAAGCGUUUUCAGCUAUCAAUAGCCUCAUUUAAAGGCGCUGUUACAGUUUAUGAUUUGCAAACUAAACGCAAAAUAUUCAAUUUAAAUGAUGCACAUGCUUCACCUUGUCGCGAUUUAUGCAUGUCCGCUGCAACACCCGAUUCUCUAAUAAGUGUCGGCUAUGAUUGUAUUGUUAAUGUUUUCGACACGCGUCGCAGAACAGCACAAAUAAAACUGAAUCAUCCGCAUCCUUUGUCUACGGUAGCAAUGAGUGGUUGCGGCACAUACUUCUGUGUGGGAAAUUUAAAAGGUGAACUGAUCUCAUAUGAUAUACGGAGUGUGAAAAAAUGCUUGGCCACUAAAAAAGUACAUGAUUGCUCUAUUACGAGACUUUCAUUUGUGCCGCUGCCGGAAGAUGACGGUAGCACUACCUCAAGUUUCAGCGGCACAAUAGCUAAUAAUACCGAUAGUAUAACGGAAAGCCUUGGUGAACAACAAAAAACAACAGCAGCAAUGCGCCCACGCGACUCGUUUUGCGAUUUCUUAGAUUUCCAGGCGAAUAAAUUGGAUCGCAUGUCGGCACGCUUCACAAUGCGGCGCGACAGUUUCGAUUGGGAUUCAUUGGGACACAAAUCAAAGCCAAAAGCCGAUGAUACGCGUUCAACGCUAUCGAAGUUCAACGCUAGCAAUGAGAACCUUGAUGAAUCGAAUGAAAAAUCUAGUGAGAAUAUGUCGAAUGGGAAAUUAAAUCUGAGUUUUGAUAAUGUAAGUACGCGCAGGAAAAAUGUUGAGGACGGCAAAAAACCAUUUAUGGUAAUAACGACAGCUCCACUACGCGACCGCAAUAGCAUUUCUAAAAUCGUUACCAGUUUGAAACAAAUUGAAGAAGAGGAAUCCUCACACAUACCACAGCAAAACAAUGUGAGCUGUGAAAGCGACAAAGAAAAUCCCUCAAACGUGGAAAUGGAUUUUGAGGUAGAGGGACCACUGCGUAAACCGAUUAAUGCUUAUAAUAGCACACCGAAUCAUACACCGAUAGAUAUCGCAAAAAUUAAGAAACUCGAAAUACAACAAAAAACAGAAAUAAUCAACGAAAAUAAUAAUAUACAACCACUGAAAAUUAGUGGUACACAAGUGGAUAUUUUACAACACAUAGCAGAGCUGCGCUCGGAAAUGAAUACACGCAUACAAAAACUGGAAUCGGAAAUAAAAUUUAACGCCGAACAAAAUAAGUGGCAAAUUUUCACACAAAUGGCUGACAUUUGGGCACGUCAAAUGAACACAACCGAAGAUAUACGUGAUGCACUCGGCUAUCUGCUGCAGACCGAUCCCUUUGUCAACGAAUUUUUGCGUUUGAAAGAUGAAAAUGAAUUACUGAAAGCACAAUUACAGCAAAUCAUGGAGAAGAAGUAGGUAAUUUCGUUAUUUGUUUAAAAGUAAUUUAUUUAAAAUAUUUUUCGAUCUGGAAGAUCCGUAGUAAUAAAUAUUUUUUCUCAUAACCUAAUGUAGUGAAUUAAGAAAACGCACUGAGUAGAAACUUAUUGAAUAUAAAUUGUAUUUCAUUUAUUGCAUAAUUCCACGAAAAAGACUUUAUGCUGCCAAACACAAA